CGUGAUGUAUUCAAUUUUCUGGUUUUUCAGAAAUGAAUUAUUCAGACUGAUAUCGGAUCUGGUAGUUUGUCAUUGUCUCUGCAACUCGUGGUGGCAUUGCCUUCUGUGCUGGACAACUGGUACCAACUUAAGAAUAGUAGGGUCAACAUUAUAGCAACACGGUCCUUCUGCAUUGCGGGGUAAUGUGGGAAAGAGAGCUAACCAGUGGCCACCUAGUAUAGAGAGAAUCGGAGAAGUUGGUCAGGAAAUUGAAAAGAGAGGGAGUCCUAGAUGGGAAUCUAGAAAGGUAUCCAAGUGGAGACCUGAACUUUGUUGACAAAUACAGAUCAGUCGGGAGUUUUCCAUCGCUGUCAGAACAUUCUCUUUUUAUCCAUAUCCUUGCUUUGUCAUCCAAACAGGUACGCCCGUUUGUUGUUGCUGAUCUGUCUCUACUGUGGCUGUUCUUGGUUGUUGAAUAGUGUUAAAUAUUAGUUUCUUUGGAAUUCAUUUCAAAAAGAGCAAUGCUGGGGGCACUCACCUCCUGCACUCUCCAGCGAACACUUUCUCUUUUAUUGGGUCACGUUAUUUUGGUUUCUGAGAGGUUGCGCCUGAAAGCUUUAAAGAAGCUUACGUGGCCCAAUGAAAGGGGAAGUGUUGGCCGGAGAGUGCAAAAAGCGAGUGCCCCUAGCACUGCUCUUUCAAAAAUUUCAAUUAGAAAUCAUGGUAGUGAUGGAGUAGCUAAGAUUCAUUAUCAUUACGAAAAACCUUAUUUCAAUUUAUGAGCCAUGUAGUGUUUAGUUGUCAUCUGAGUUUGGGUUUUGUAGUGAAAUAUCUAAUGGUGUUGGUAAUGUUUGUCCUUUGUUAUUGGUAUGUUGUUCGUCUGGGUAGUAAAAAUUUGGUUUUGCU